AUGAUUCGCACUUAUGAUAAUGAAAAAUUUACAAAUUCUCAAUUUCUUGUUUUUGCGAAUCGAUUUUUAGCUGUGAUAGUUGCUUAUAUAUCAUUAAAAUUGUUUUAUCCAGCAAAAAAAGUAGUAUCAUCAGGACCACCAUUAUAUCAAUAUAUUAGUUUUCCUGUUCAAGUUAUUGCUAAAAGUAUAAAGACAAUACCAGUUAUGAUUGUUGGGAAAUUUGUUGCAGGUAAAACAUAUCCAUUAAGACAAUAUUUAUUAACGUUACUGAUGGCUGUUGGUGUUGUACUAUUUUUAUCUGGUUAUCAUGAAAAUGAUACACUUAAGCUACCACUGAAAAAAGCAACGCAAAAGAUAACAACAAUAAAUGGAAUGAUAUUAUUGACAUGUUAUUUAGUAAGUUCAAUAUUAUAA